AUGCUCAGGACAGACCAGCUCAGCAGUGAGUGGAAGGACAGCCUACAACAUGCACAGCAGGAAGAUUCGGACAUUAAGCCGAUUCUGGAAUGGAUGAAGGUCAGUGCUCCUAAGCCCAAGUGGAGCGACGUCUCAGCGAUGAGUUUAACCACGAAAAGCUAUUGGGCCCAAUGGGACAGCUUGCUGAUUCAGGAUGGGGUCCUGUGCCAUAAAUGGGAAAAUGGUCUGGGAGAUAGUUGUCAUUUGCAAAUUGUUGUCCCUAAGGCUAAAGUGCUGGAUGUUCUACAGCUGUACCAUAGUGGUGGUUCAGGAGGCCACCUGGGAGUUAAACGAACUCUACUGAAGAUCCGAGAACGGUUUUACUGGGUCCACUAUCGUGACGAUGUCGAGGACUGGUGCCGCAAAUGUACAAGUUGUGCGGCUGUAAAGGGACCUCAAAUUCGUAGUAGAGGCGCAUUGAAAUUGUACAAUGUUGGUGCACCAUGGGAGAGGAUAGCCAUUGACGUUGUGGGGCCGUUCCCGGAAAGUGAAAGUGGUAACAAGUAUUUCAUGGUUGUGAUGGAUUACUUCACUAAGUGGCCAGAAGUCUUCACCAUUCGAAAUCAAGAAGCUUCAACAGUUGCAGAUAAACUAGUUCAUGAAGUGUUCUGUCGUUUUGGAGUACCUUUAGAGAUUCACAGCGAUCAAGGAAGGAAUUUUGAGCCUCAUAUAUUUCAGGAAACUUGCCGAGUUAUGGGCACUCAUAAAACAAGAACAACUUCUUACCACCCACAAUCUGAUGGAAUGGUAGAACGAUUUAAUCAGACAUUGGAGAGGUACCUAGCUAAAGUUGUGGAAAACGGCAACGAGACUGGGACAGGCACAUACAGCCGUUUUUGUUGUCAUAUCGAAGCGCUGUUCACGAAAGUACAUCAGUGA